CACGCGCGGUGCGCUCCCGAAAUCCUGGGAUUGUGUGACAGGCAGCUAGUAAAAAGAUGUGAAGAUGGCGGAGUUACAAAUGCUUCUGGAAGAGGAGAUUCCUGCGGGCAGAGGAGCUUUACUGGACAGCUAUGCGAAUUUAGAGCGAGUCGCCGAAUAUUGCGAGAGCAAUUACAUUCAGUCUCCUGAUAAGCAGAGAGCAUUAGAGGAGACUAAAAGCUACACUACUCAAUCCCUGGCCAGCGUCGCCUACCUGAUCAACACACUCGCCAACAAUGUGCUGCAGAUGCUCGAUAUCCAGGCGUCUCAGCUACGCCGCAUGGAGUCCUCCAUCAACCACAUCUCACAGACGGUCGACAUCCACAAAGAGAAGGUGGCCAGGCGUGAAAUUGGCAUCCUCACUACCAAUAAGAAUACCUCUCGCACACACAAGAUCAUCGCUCCGGCCAAUCCCGAGAGGCCUGUGCGCUACAUCCGCAAGCCUAUCGACUACAGCCUGCUGGACGACGUAGGACACGGAGUGAAGUGGUUGUUAAGGUUCAAGGUGAACGCUCAGAACAUGAAAGCAGGCACGACCCCACGCACAGGUGCCCCUACGCAGAAACCACCCAGCCCUCCAGGCCCGGGGAAGGGCACUAUUGGGCGCCACUCACCAUACAGGACGCUCGAACCCGUGCGCCCCCCCGUCAUUCCUAACGACUAUGUGCCGAGCCCGACCCGCAACACAGCUCCGCCCCUCCAGAGCCCGGCACGCACCGCCUCCGUUAAUCAGAGGACCCGCACGUACAGCAGUGGCAGUAGCGGAGGAAGUCACCCAAGCAGUCGCAGCAGCAGCAGAGAGAACAGCGGAAGUGGCAGUGUGGGCGUGCCUAUUGCCGUGCCGACGCCGGCCCCUCCCACUGCUUUCCCAGGUACUUCCUCCACAUCCCCAAACCCCCCCAAGCCCCCUCCCAGUGUGUCUAUCCCGGCUCCCCCAGCACCUCCUCCUCCUCCUACCCCUGAACCCACACCUCCUGCUGCCCCUCCUGCUCCCCCUGAGAUCCCUCCUCCCCCACAACUGCCCCCCACCACCGGCACCGUGACCGCGCAAGGAAAUGGACCUCAGUUCUACAGCAUGAACCGACCAAUGGCACGGCAAAAUACACCCUCGGUAGGCGGGUCUCUGCCGUAUCGCAGGCCGUCCUCGGUCACCAAUCAGCCGAGCAACGCACCUCAGAACACUCACGUAAGCAUGAGCCAGACCCAGCUUAACGGAGGACCACACUACAACCAGAACCAAGCCUCCAUGGCACCGCCUCCUCCCUCCAUAUUACAGAUCACACCCCAGCUGCCUCUGAUGGGCUUUGUGGCUCGGGUUCAGGAGACCAUCUCAGACGCACCUCCUCCUCUGCCCCCUGCGGAAGAGCUGGCGUUUGUGGACUCUGCUCCGCCCCCGCCUCCACCAGAGGACUAUGAGGAUGAGGAGGGCGACGAGGACGAAGAGUCGGCAGUGGUGGAGUACAGUGACCCGUAUGCCGAGGAGGAUCCGCCAUGGGCUCCUCGCAGCUACCUGGAGAAAGUGGUGGCGAUCUACGACUACACGCGCGACAAAGAGGACGAGCUGUCCUUCCAGGAAGGAGCGAUCAUCUACGUCAUCAAGAAGAACGACGACGGAUGGUUCGAGGGCGUCAUGAGCGGCACCACGGGGCUCUUCCCCGGAAACUACGUCGAGUCCAUCAUGCACUACGCUGACUGAGCCACCUGGAGGAGCUGCUCUCCAUCUCUCACUCUCUCAUUCCGUCUCCCACACUCAACCGACAACCUCUCUCUUACACAUCCAUACACACGCUCACACGCACAGACCUCAUCACACAUUGACCCAGAGUUGACACAGAACAACAUCUGGACAUGUGACAAAGAGGACGAUCGACAUCUGUAUAUUUGUGAAGAUUUUGUUUCUUUUUUUUUCCAGACUCAGAUCUAUCUCAUUAGUGAACUUUGUGUGUGUGAUUGUUGGGAGACUGAUAUCUUGUAAGAUUUAGACUUAAAGAUUUUUAAGGACCAUUUUUUUUGUCUUAAUUUGAGUCUUAUAGAAACACUAAAUGUUCCUGCUGCUGGUUUUGCUCGACACUAGGUGAACUAGACUGUGUACUUCUGUUCCCUUGACUCGUUUUUACAUUUUUUUCCCCCUUCCUGCACUGAGAGAUUACUGAAGGACAGUGAGAAGGACGUCGUCUCUCAGCUCCUCCUUUCCCGACUCUCCUGUCACUCAGUGUUGUGGACACAAACAUGAUCAGCACAUGAAACGGAGUAUUCGUUUUCUCUUUCAUUAAGGAAGGAGUCUUGUUCUCAGUAUAGGGCUAGGCGAUUAUUCCGAUUUUUACUUCCCAACCAUCUCUGAAAAUGUUGAUAAUGAAUGGUCUCGCUGCAAACAGCCAAUCAGGGCAAACCUGGCACAAAUGAUUGACAUUAAUCUAGAAAUAGGCGGGGCCUGUUAAAAUUAUUUCAGCUCACUGCUCUUAAAUCAUCUGUUUCUUAAAGGAAAACUCUACUCUGAAACGCAUUAUACAGUCCCUCCAGGAUUUUGCGAUCGCAGAAUUGAACGCAAAAGCAAGUAGAAUCCGCGAUAAUCGGAGGAGCUUGCGAUUUUUCUAAAUUACUGCAGAUUUUCCGCAGAAUUGGGCAGAGGCGCCAUGUGAUGUCAUCACAACGCGCACUCAGCCGAAGCCCUCUUCCAUUCGCAUGCGUCGAGCAUGAGUACAGCCAAAAGGUCUCGUUUAGCAACGAACAUCACUGCGAAAGACCGUGCAAAACAAUUCAGUGAAAUUAGUUUCGUCAAUUCAGGUAGUUUUCUGCAAAAUAAAAAAACCCCUCAGUGAAAUCCUGUAUGGACUGAAUAAAUAUGUGUAGCCUAUAAUGUGUGUCACAUGCUGACAUCAUGGCGAAUCGUCGUUGGCGCCAAAAAACAAACUGGCCUCUAUUCUCAUUCGCAGUUUUCCAGCGACGUUCAGCAUCAUAUUAAUGCCAAAGCCAACGUAGGAGCAUUAGAGAUGUCUACUCCCUCGAAGAGAGCGCAGAGCAGCUACAUGACGCUUCGGCAGAGGAAAUGAGUUACGGCAGAGACUCCUCGAUGACAUCGAGGUCAGGAUUCACACGUGGAUCCUUCCUGAGGGAGAAUCACACAUGAGAAGAUGAGAGACUGAGACACAGUAAAUCACUAAAGCGCCGCUGCAUCGCCGUGUUCGGAUAAUCUUCACUGUGGGUAGUCAGAAGUGAAGAGACCAACGUUAACUAUAAAGAUUAAUACGCCGGUUAUUCAGCGCAGAGUUUUCCUUUGAACCCUCAUGAAGGCAUUUUCUAAAACAUCGAUUGUAGUAAUUUACCCCACAUUGCCCAGCUCUAGUCUGCUCUAGUCUUUAUUAUUUAUUUUCUCCUCCUCUCCCCUUUUCAUUCCACUUCGUCACUUUGCAGUCUUUAGCGGUAGUUUAUACCAAAGGAUACCGUCAGAUGUGCACAGUGGAGCGUAAACGACGGGACGAGUUUUCCGUUUCCUUUCUUACCAUUGACACUUUUACAUCAGAGAUUUACAUUGAAGACUUUACCGAUUCUCUGUAUUUGUGUGAGUGUGAGUGUGAGUGUGUGUGUGUGUGUGUGUUUGCUAAAGCUAUUGAAAUUAAGCUCGUGCCAUAAAGAAGUGUUUCUAGAUAGUCAGAGAUGUUUAUGAAGAAGAUUCUUUACGAUUCUAUCACAGCUCGCGCCACUGCUGUUUGUGUUUGUGGGGAAAAAUAACUGAAGCUCUAGAAUAAUUAUUUUUUUGGACCAGCUCUGGAUUUGAAAAUACAACACUAUGUGGAUGUGAUACUUAUAUUGCUUAUUACAAUUAUUAUUAUUAAUGAUGAUGAUAUUGGUGUAUAUGACUGACGUAAGAAUAAGAGACCCUCCCCUUCCCCUUUUCAUCUGCAAUAAGGUUAGCACAGAGAGAAGAUAGCACAAGCGUUUGUGUGAGUGGAAGAAACUGAAACCAGCCCGAACUGCUGAACAUCCUCACAGAGCCGUGGUUUGUUCUCCUUCUUUUAAGUUGAUUUUUUUACACUAUGACACUAUGAGGUACAACGAUGUCUAUACAUGUGUUAGUGUGAGUGUGAGAGAGUGUGUGUGUGUGUGUGUGUGUGUGUGUGUGUGUGUAUGUGAGAGAGAGAGAGAGAGAGUGUGUGUGUGUGAGUGUGAUGUGAGCAUGAAUGUGUUGUGUGAUCCCGAUGGUUGUGAACUAUUUGCUCGCCCGUGCAAAUUUUCUUUCUUUCUAUGGAGGGUUAGUGAUCGUGUGUGAACUGACUCCUGCAUGUUGAUCAUUUCUGUGACUUUAUUAUUAUUAUUAUUAUUAUUAUUAUUAUUAUUAUUAUUAUUAUUUUCUGCUGAUGGAGAAUAAACUGGAUUGAUCUAGUCUGCACAACUCUCACUCUGCAUCACGUGCUCUGUUCAGAACCUCAGGGUUUAAAAUCGAAACAUUUUCAUUUUACUCGUAAAUUUUUAUUCAUUUAAUUUUUAAAGAUGUUUUCAUUUUUGUUGUUUUUACAUACAAUAUUCACACAAUUUUUUCCCCCUGUUAUUGUUCACAUGUGGAGCAUGAGUUUUUAGUCUUCCACAUGAUUAGUUCGUUGUUUAUUUUUCCACAUUAAACAAACGCUGGACGUGAAAAAUGAUUUUCACGUGAAUUUUUCAGGAGAGUUGAACUUUUCCCUGUUUUAGCACAUUGAAACAAGUUUUUAUGUGAAUUGCAUUUUGUGUAAUUUAAUUUUUAAACAUUUCCACGUGAUUCAAGCACAACAAUAAUUUAACAAUUAUUUUACAAUUCUAUUUACACCCCCCCCCCCCCCCCCCUGAUUAACUUCCUUUUACGUGUAGGGAAUGGGUGUUCUUUUAAUGACAUUUUUACAUGGUUGUUAUUAUUUUCACAAAAUUCCUUUCUUUCAUGUAGGACACUUUUUUUUUCUUUUUUUUUUAAACACACAAUUAAUUCUUCACACACAGCUCCCUCUGUAUGUACCAGAACAGCAAGGACAAUCCUUUUUUUUAUCGCUACACAUUGAAAACUUUUGGGAUCAAAAGAUGAAGGAGAUGAUGGAUUGGAAUUCAGCUAUCAUUUUCUCAUCUUUACAUUUAGAUAUGUUAAAAUUGGAACAUUUUUCGAACAAACUUUUGUUUGAACCCACCCAAUUAAUUAAUUGUUAAAAGUGAUCAAAAAUAUUGGAACACAUGACACGUAGGUGUUUAUUGCUACCCAGGUGUGCCCUGUUAAAAUGAUUGGUGAAAGAAUUAAUAGCUCUGAAUGUGUACUCUUGGUUUGAGCCCUAGGUUUUGCCUGUGAAGACUGCAUUUGUUGUUAAAAAGGAUAAACCAACAUAAAGACCAGAGAGCUCUGUCUGGAAGAAAAGCAAGCCCUUUUGAAGCUGAGAAAAGAGCCAAGAGCUAUCAGAGCCAUUGCCCAAACAUUGGGCAUAGCCAAUACGUCAAUCUCGAAUGACCUCAAAAAGAAAGACACCACUAGUGUACUAACAACCAGACAUGGAAACAGGUCGGUCAAGGAAACAACAUCAGUUGAUGACAAACAUUGUGAGAACUCUGAAGAAAAACCCAAGAACAACAAUUAGUGACCUUAUCAACAACCUCCACAGGGCAGGGGUGAAGGAAUCACAAGCCACCAUUUGAAGAAGCCUUCAACAGCAGAAAUAUAGAGGCUAUAGAAGAUUCAAACCACUCAUCAGCAGUAAGAAUCAGAAAGAAAAGGUCUGCUCAUGAUCCAAAACAUACAAGCUCAUCAUUCAGGUGUGGUGGAGGUAGUAUCAUGGCUUGGGCUUGCACCGCUGCUUCUGGGACAGGAUCACUAAUAUUAAUUAAUGGAGCUCAUGAUGGUAGCAGCAGAAUGAAUUCAGAAGUUUACAGGAACAGUUCGUCACUUUACACAGAAAUGCAUUCCGUCUAAUCUGGAGGAACUUCAUCAUGCAGCAAGACAAUGAUCCAAAACACACUGCCAACUGAACAAAAGGAAGUGAAAUCAGGGAGAAAAAGUGGAAGGUUUUAGACUGACCAAGUUAAUCACCAAACCAUAACCCAAUUGAGCAGCAUUUCACCUCGUGACGAUGAGACUGAAGGGAGAAAACCCCCCUUAAAAUAAACAACAACUGAAAGAGGCUGCAAUAAAAGCAUCACAAAAGAAAAAUGCACCAGUUUGGUGAUGCCACUGGGACACUGGUUCAAUGCAGCUGAGAGAUAAAUAUGAGGAAAUGAAAGCUGACAUUCUGAUCCAUCGAUUCACUCAUCUUUUGAUCUCAAACACAAAUGUCUUCAAUGUACACCGAAAACAAUAGAAUUGGCCUUGCUGUUCCAAUACUUUUUGAGGGGACUGUAUAGGGAUGUUUCUUUUGGACGGUUCUGUCUAGGCAGCAGCAACAACAACAAAAAAAAGCACAAGACAAAUGAAGUGGUCCAGUUUUAUUGAGUUAACCUUUUACACUUAUUCAUUUCGACUGUAAAUGUUAUCCACAAUAAAUGAACGCAACAUGUUUAACUGAAAUAAACAUCUGUGGUAUACGACCUAAACCAUAGAACGCUUCUAAAUCUGGUUUAAUAUUUAAAUCACAAAUAACUGAAAUGUGAAAGGUCUGAAAUCAACUUUCUGUAUGAUUCUUCCUGAUGUCUUAAUGCAGUUACAUUUAGAUUAAUAUUACAGUUAAUAAAAGCAAGUUAAGAAAAACAACCUCUAAUCAACAGAAUUAAUACGACAAAAUUCCUACAGUUGUGUUUAUUUUGUGAAGCUCCAGUGUACAAGAUGGUGAAGUUAAACUGUGACAAAAUAUAUAUAUAUGUAUAUCUCCUACAUAUUCACACAUUCCAGUGUACAAUAUGCUGGACUGGCCUGUGACUUUAUAAAAUAAUUUUCACAGUUUUUAUAAAGACACAAAAGUGAUUUCUAUUGCCUUGUGUUUAUACACACACCUUAAGCUAUACAAAAUGUGUUUUAAAGUCCUUUCAGGGGAAUUAAUUUUGCGCUCCUUGAGCAGAUCUCAAAGUGAAACUACCACCAAAAUAAUCUUCCCUAUUUUACAAAAAGCCCAGGAAAUCGUUAAUUCACUCCGAGAGAGAAAGAGAGAGAGUGAGACACACACACACACUUUUAGAUACACACUUUCCUUUCGGUCUCCACCACCCUGCUGCUGUACAGAACAAAAGGUCAGAAAGCAGAAGAGCACCACACACACACACACACACACACACACAGGGAACAGGAAGAGCAGGAGGUCAGAGGUGACAUGCUAACAUCUCACUGUACUCGAGUGGAAUUUCUCAGAAACACUACUUCGUGUUGAAACUAUUCGCAGAUCAGCGUCUCCAACACAAACUUGUUCUCGAAAUGGCGGAUCUUGUGG